UUUUGGGGUUUGGAAGGUAAAGGGCUUUUCCUGCUUCGUCUCCUCCUUCUUCUUCUUCACAUCUCUCCCUCUCUCGCAUGUCUCUGCCCGUACCCGCCUUCUUCCCUCUCUCCCACUCUUUCCUUAUUUAAUCCUUUAAAAUUUUCAAAAAACAAUUUAAUAUUAUAAUUUUUUUUUAAUUCGAAUUUUUCCGUGGGAAGAAAUAGGCGGUAUUGGUGGGGGGAAGAGAUAUGCGAUUGGGGUGGUGGUGGUGCAGCAUCAUCAUCGGAAGGGCGGCGUCGUGUGAUGGUCGUCGUCGACGUUGACGUUGAUGGGCCUGCAAUUCCAAUUGCAGAUGAGUUGGCAGCCGAGUCUACUGAGUCAGAAGCGGAAGAAUGGCCUGCCGCCUCUAGGGUUACGCAACCUCGGCAACUCUUGCUACCUCAACAGCGUCCUCCAGUGCCUCACCUACACCCCUCCUCUCGCCAAUUUCUGCCUCCGCAAACUCCACACCUCUCUCUGUGACUCUUCGGAUGCGGAGCGGAAGCGCGACUGUCCCUUUUGCAUUCUGGAGAAGCAGAUAGUGCGGUCCCUGAGUCAGGAUCUCAGUCCGGAUGCGCCACAGAAGAUACAGAGCUGUCUCGGGAUUUUUGCCGAACACUUUCGGUGCGGACGACAGGAGGACGCUCAUGAGUUCCUGCGCUACGUCAUUGAUGCUUGCCACAACACCUGCCUUCGGCUCAUGAAGCUGCGACGCAAUGCCACAGCCAACGGAAACGCUGCCAAUGGCAAUGGCAAAAUGGCCAACGGCAUAGGCAAUGGGGAGGCGGCAACUUCAACGGUGGUGAAGGAGAUAUUUGGUGGAGCAUUGCAGAGCCAGGUGAAGUGUCUAUCUUGUGGCACAGAAUCCAAUAAGGUUGAUGAGAUAAUGGAUAUUAGUCUUGAUGUUUUGCAUUGUAAUUCGCUUAAAGACGCAUUGCAAAGGUUCUUUCAGCCUGAGAUUUUGGAUGGCCAGAACAAGUACAAAUGCGAAAGUUGUAAGAAAUUGGUGGCAGCACGGAAGCAAAUGUCUUUUCUUCAAGCACCAAAUGUUCUUGUUAUUCAACUUAAGAGAUUUGAGGGUGUACUUGGCGGGAAGAUUGAUAAAUCUAUUUCAUUUGAGGAGUUUUUGGUGCUUUCAGGGUUCAUGUGCAAAACAAGCAAGGAUACGCGGCCAGAGUAUAAGCUUUUUGGUACUAUUGUGCAUUCAGGCUUCUCACCAGAGUCUGGUCACUAUUAUGCAUAUAUUAAGGAUGUCAUAGGUCGGUGGUAUUGCUGCAAUGAUUCAUCUGUCUCACUUUCAACCUUGCAAAAGGUCUUAUCUGAAAAGGUUUACAUCCUUUUCUUCUCUCGUACCAAUCAAAGGCCAGCAUUGGCUAGCACUGCUUCCAAUGGGGUGAGUUCUCAUGAUUGUAAUGGUCGUGAAACAUCUAAAACCCUGAAGUCCGCUCUUCCACCGAAAGGAGUUCAAACAAAACCUUAUGAUGUCUCAGCCGUAUCUAAAGUUGAUAAAGUGCCUUCCAGCCCACGGAUGAAGUUCAAUUUGAGCGGAAAUUCCAUCUCCAAGAGAGCACUCACAACUGAUAAUGGAAUAACCGUUUACAAGAAUCAAUCCUUAGGGUCAAACGGGGAAAGAUCUACUUCAACUGCUAAUGGAAAAAGUGUUUACAAGAAUCAGUCCUUAGGAUCAAACGAGGAAAGAGUUCCUGCAACUGAUAAUGGAAAAAUUGCUUACAAAAAUGAAUCGUGUGGGUCAAAUGGGGAAAGAACUCCUGCAAAUGAUAAUGGAAAAAUUGCUGACAAUAAUCAAUUAUUAGGAACAAAUGGGGAAAGAGCACGUGCAACUGAUACUGGUAAAAUUCCUUACAAGAAUCAAUCCACAGGAUUAAAUGGGGAUGCAAAGGACUCAGUUAGUUUGGAGAAAAGUGAGAAGUCAUUGUUGAUAAACAGGGAUUGUUUGAACAGGGGUAAAAGUCCUGCUAUAGUUGACGGUAACAGUAGCCAGGCAUCUUUAUUAUCACAAGUAAAUGAUGUAAAAGCUGAAGCCUGUGAAGGUGUUGAUACAAAAGACAGGUUGGCAGCUAGGAAAGUGCCUAACAGUAGCCAAGCAUCUUUGUUAUCACGAGGAAAUGUUGGUACUGGUUCAGUAAAAAUUGAAUCCUGUGAAGGUAUUGGUACAAAAGAUAGGUUGCCAGCUGGGAAAGUGCCUGAUACGAGUGAAUCGGAAAAAAGUGGUCUUCAUGGCCGCUCUAAAGUGUCUGGGUCUAAAAGAAAAUUUCUGGAUUCAUGCAUUCUGUUUGCACCUGAUGCUCAAUCACAGGCAGAAGUUGAAGGACUAAAGGAAAUUCUCAAGAAAGAAGCUUCUUCAGUUUUGCGAUCAUGUGGUUGGCUGGAUGAAGUUCAUAGUUUUAUGCUUUCAAGGAAAAGAUUAUGUUCAGAUCAAGUUGGAACCACUCCAAACAGCAACAAAGUGAAGAAGUUGUUGAUCACAGAUGCCAAAUCAAGUUUUCUUUCACAAAUACCCGCUUCUUUAAGAGGGGAUUUAGUCAAGCGCAUUCAAUCAUUUAGCAAAAAAUAGCGAUGCUAUUUUGGUCCUCCAUUAACUCAAAACAUGGACUCGGUGUGUUAUUUGUAUAUAUACUGCCGUUAUGAAGAUGAUGGGAUAUAGACCGAAGCCCUAUUCAGCGAGUGCCGGGGUCAAUGGUUACGGUUUGCCAAUGGCGAUGUAUUUUUGCAGCGUUGAAGAUGUUAAGUUGAGAUGAAAGUGCGGAUUCAAAUCUUGCUGAAAAUUUUCUUGUUCCGCGGCUGUUUAGUUGGUUUCGAGCAGAGAACAAGUCGAGAAUUCUAUUCAUUAUGUACGAUAUCCUUUUCGCAGUUUAAUCAGUAUUUAGCCCUCAUUUUUUUAUGGAUCAUCACAAUUUUACUUCAGUAGGUGAUCUUGUGUAGUUUGGAUAAUUAGAUAUGGAUAAUUGAGUUAAACCGUCUUAAAUAGUAACUUCAUCUUUGUGUUCGA